GAAAAAGCCUCUGGUACCUUCUAGUCUGGCAAAAUGCAGCACAAAACUCAACUUGCUCUGUCCUUUCUGCUGUCCCAGGUUCUGCUGCUUGUGUGUGCAGAAGAUUUAGAAUGCGUCCCUGGAUUCCAGCAAAAGAUUUUUUAUAUUGAACAGCCAUUUGAAUUCACAGAGGACCAGGCAGUUCUGAACCUGGAUUUUGAUGACUGCAAGGGGAAUAACAAAUUGAACUUCGAAGUUUCUAACCCAGACUUCAAGGUGGAACGCGACGGGUCUUUAGUUGCGCUAAAGAAUAUAUCAGAAGCUGGCAGAGCCUUGUUUGUCCACGCACGGUCUGAGCAUGCAGAGGAUAUGGCAGAAAUUUUGAUUGUUGGAGCAAAUGAAAAACAUGGUGCAUUAAAGGAAAUCUUUAAGAUAGAAGGCAACCUUGGGAUUCCAAGACAAAAAAGGGCUAUUUUGGCAACGCCAAUAUUAAUUCCUGAAAAUCAAAGACCACCGUUCCCCCGAUCUGUUGGCAAG